AUGUUGCCCUAUAUCAACGCGCCGUUUGAAUAUGUCGGCAGCUCACUCGGAACAUCAGCCGACGAGCUCAAGCUCGUCUUCUCCUUCUACCUCUCAUACCCCCUCGCUGGCGUUCUCAAGCGGAUACCAGACAAGGCGCCAUGGCAGAAGAAUGUGUUUAUCAUAGCUGUGGCCAUGUUUUACCUUGUUGGCUUGUUCGAUUUGUGGGCAGGUUUACGGACCAUUGUUAUCAGCGCCGCCGGAGCUUACGUGAUCGCAUCCAGGGUUGACUCGCCAUUUAUGCCUUGGAUUGGAUUCAUCUUCCUUAUGGGGCACAUGUCCAUGAACCACAUCAUUCGACAAUCGGUUAAUGACCCGUCAGCGGUUGAUAUUUCUGGUGCUCAGAUGGUUCUCGUCAUGAAGCUUACCGCAUUUUGCUGGAACGUGCAGGAUGGCCGUCUUCCCGAAGCUGAUCUCUCUGAGUUUCAGAAGGAACAUGCUGUCAGGACCAUGCCCAGUAUCUUGGACUACGCUGGCUACGUGUUAUUCUUCCCGGGCCUCAUGGCAGGCCCUGCAUUCGACUACUGCGAUUACAGCCAAUACAUCACGACUACGAUGUUCACGCUUCCACCAGGCGUCGACCCAUCAAAAGCGCCACCCACAAGGAAAAAGCGCAAAAUUCCUCGUAGCGGUACUCCAGCUGCCAUAAAGGGUAUAUACGGUACACUUUGGAUCUUUGCAUUCCUCAAAUUUUCUAGCUGGUACUAUCCUUCUUUCUACCUUGGUGAUGAGUACAUGCAGUACGGAUUCUUACGACGAGUUUGGCAGUUGUAUAUGCUUGGCCUUACUACACGCAUGAAGUACUAUGGCGUGUGGAGUCUAUCAGAAGGCGCCUGUAUUCUGUCCGGGAUUGGAUACAAUGGUAUUGACCUUAAGACUGGACGUGCAAAAUGGGAUCGCCUCACCAAUAUCCACCCCAUCGCCAUCGAGACUGCUCAGAACACACGCGCGUUUCUGGGCGAGUGGAAUAUCAACACCAACCUGUGGCUGCGCAACUACAUGUUCCUGCGUGUCACUCCUAAGGGGCAGAAGCCAGGCUUCGGUGCUACACUCGCCACAUUCGUAACCAGUGCCUUCUGGCAUGGCUUUUACCCAGGCUAUUAUAUGGCUUUUGUUCUGGCCGCCCUUCUCCAGGCCGCUGCAAAGAGUGGUCGACGCCUGGUCCGCCCCCUUUUCCUUGGUACCGACGGGAAGUCUGCUCUUCCGACCAAGAUCUACUAUGACGUCUUCACGUUCUUCCUCACGCAGGCGGCGUUCACUUUUACUGUUGCUCCAUUCAUCCUGUUGGGCUUCUCAGACACUUUGAAGGUUUGGUCACGAGUCUACUUCUAUACACUCAUUGGAGUCGCUGGCUCUUAUGGUCUCUUCUCUCGAUCCUUGCCCUUCCGCAAGCAGCUGCAGCAACGCCAGUCUGUUCGAACAACCCCGACAUCCACUACCGAAAUGGAUAUCUCCCAGAUUGAGCAGAUUGCCAAAGAGGAGAUCAAGAAGGACAAUCUCACGAGGAUAGAUACAACGACUAGUACUGCAAGCAGCAGUAGGGCGCCUACGCUUGGUAUCGCUGACGAUCCAGAAGCGGAGCUCGACUCGAUUGUUGCUCAAGUGAAGCGCGAGAUAGCAGAGCGAAAGCGACGAGGAAGUACACUCCAAGGUUUCGACGUCAAAACGGCUAUCCAAGAGAAGAUCAAAGAGUUCAAGAGUAGUUGAGAAGCUGCAAAUGCCUGGUGUGGUUACCAAACCAACACCAGACUUUGGAAGACAGGAAGUCCAACACAGCAAGAGAAGCGCAAUUAGGCCAUCGAGGUUGUGCUUAUACUGCACAAAUUAUAUAUCUGAUGGACGGAAUGUUACCGUGUGGAAAUGUCAGCACGUUUGUUCACUCACACCACAUGCAAGCGUGGACAUAUUAGCCUAGAUACUGCAACAUGAAUAGUGUCAGAGUACG